ACCUCUAACCUUGAUGAUUGUCUGGCCUAUGAUGACGACCACACAGCGCGGGCUGUAUAUAAUCAUUUCAUUCUCACUUGUUUUUGAGUAUUUCUUCAUUCAGACGUUUCUCUUUUUCUUCCUUUUUUCCCCGCCAAGAUGCACAAUCCAAACGCCGAUUAUUUCAAAUUCCCCAGUCUACCCUGGAUGAUCAACAUUUUGGGUUGGUUCUGGUACGGCACUUACUUCACGGUCUUCGCACCCCAUCUAAUACCAGUCCGAUGGUUGGGUCCAGCCGGAACCUGGAUAACACUGACGCACACUUACUACCCCUUCUUCGGAAAAUUCGUAUUGGUCUCGGCUACAAGUGCACAUAUCUGCGAGGCAUUUUACAGUUUGUACCUGUGUAAGAAGAAGGGCAUCAUGGGUCAAGCUCGGGUCAAAUGGUUCCUGUCGACCGCCAUCUUCGGAGGAGCAUCUCUGUACGAACUGGUCACCUUCAAGCCGCAACUGGACGUGCACGCGGACUAAGCCAGCUGACAAAA